UCUCAGUGCUGUCGUGUGCGGGAGCGUGUUCCCAACUGCUCCGGACUGAGGCUGCCCGGGUGAGGCUCCCCAGGUUGUUGUGUCCACCGAUUCAUAAAUUAUAAGCUUGGACAUUAAAAGAGCUAACUCCAGAAUCAGACAGACGGAUUUUCUGCCGUUUCUUGGCAAAAAUGGCAACUAAUGGUGCUGUUCUGAAGAGACUGGAACAGAAGGGUACAGAAGCAGAUCAAAUUAUUGACUAUUUAAAGCAGCAAGUUGCUCUUCUUAAGGAGAAAGCAAUUUUGCAGGCAACUUUAAGAGAAGAGAAGAAACUUCGAGUUGAAAAUGCUAAAUUAAAGAAAGAAAUUGAAGAAUUGAAACAAGAGCUAAUUCAGGCAGAAAUUCAAAAUGGAGUGAAACAAAUACCAUUUCCAUCUGGUACUCUGCUGCAAGCUAAUUCCACAGUUUCUGAAAAUGUGAUACAGUCUAGACCAAUAACAACUAUAACUUCUGGUGCCAAAGAACAGAUAGGAGGAGGAGCGGAAGAAAAGAUGAAAGAGAAAAUUGAAGUGAAAGGAGAGAAAAAGGAGAAAAAACAGCAGUCAGUAGCAGGAAGUGCUGACUCUAAGCCAGUAGAUGUUUCUCAUCUGGAUCUUCGAGUUGGUUGUAUCAUCACGGCCAGAAAACACCCUGAUGCAGAUUCUUUAUAUGUGGAAGAAGUAGAUGUUGGAGAAACAGCCCCAAGAACAGUUGUCAGUGGCCUGGUGAAUCAUGUUCCUCUUGAACAGAUGCAAAAUCGGAUGGUGAUUUUACUAUGUAAUCUGAAACCUGCAAAGAUGAGGGGAGUAGUAUCUCAAGCAAUGGUAAUGUGUGCUAGUUCACCUGAGAAGGUUGAAAUCUUGGCACCUCCUAAUGGGUCUGUUCCUGGAGACAGAAUUGUUUUUGAUGCUUUUCCUGGAGAACCUGACAAGGAGCUGAAUCCUAAGAAGAAGAUUUGGGAGCAGAUCCAGCCUGAUCUCUUUACUAAUGAUGAGUGUGUAGCUACAUACAAAGGAGCUCCCUUUGAGGUGAAAGGGAAGGGAGUGUGUAGGGCUCAAACUAUGACCAACAGUGGAAUAAAAUAAAAUACUUCAUUUACUGAACUACAUUUGAGAAAACUUUAAUAACAAUAAAAAGAAAUAUAUUUGUCACUUGUACCUAAAA